CAGUUUUGAUGCAUGAGCAGACAAGUUUGUAAAAUAUUCAGCUAAAGGAGAAUGAAUUCAGACUUGACACGUUAAUGAUUUCCUGUUUUGAACUGAAAUUUUUUUGCUCUUUCUUUACAGGGGAAAAUGUAUUGAUGAGGGGUGGGACUUAACUGUAAUAUAGUUGAGAGUCUUUUAGUUCAGCUCAGUCCUUUUGGAAGACAUGCAACAGUGAAUAGUUUUUUGUAAUAUUUUAAGCUUUUGUUUCUCUUGCACCAUAAGGACUCAGUUUUUGAAGAGGCCGGAGAAAAGACAUUUACUGAUCAAGUUUCAAGUGAGGUUGUGUUGAAGGCUUCACUCUGCCAAGAUGAGCUGGGCUUUCCUGACGAGACUCCUCGAGGAGAUCCAUAACCACUCCACGUUUGUUGGCAAGGUCUGGCUGACGGUUCUCAUUGUCUUCCGCAUUGUUUUGUUGGUAGUUGGCGGUGAGCCCAUUUACCAUGAUGAACAAAGCAAGUUCACAUGUAACACUCAGCAACCAGGUUGUGAGAAUGUUUGCUACAAUUCCUUUGCACCGCUGUCGCACAUCCGGUUCUGGGUCUUCCAAAUCAUCAUGAUCACAGUGCCAUCCAUUAUAUACCUUGGCUACGCCAUACACCGGAUAGCCCGGAUGGAAGGUGCCCAGCCAAAACCCAAGAGAAAGAUACCCAUUGUGCAUCGGGGACCUGCCCGGGAUUACGAGGAGGCAGAGGGUGAUGACGAGGAGGACCCCAUGGUUUGUGAGGAAAUUGAGAAUGAACCUGAGACUGAAGAUGUCAAGAAAACUCCUGAGAAGACGCUACAUGAUGGCAGGAGGCGUAUCAAGGAAGAUGGACUUAUGAAGAUGUAUGUCUUCCAGCUCCUGAUGAGAACUUUGUUUGAAAUUGGUUUCUUGGCUGCACAAUACUUUCUAUAUGGGUUUGAAGUACUUCCUGGCUUUGUGUGCAGUACAAUUCCUUGUCCAUACACCGUCGACUGUUUUGUGUCACGUCCCACAGAGAAAACCAUCUUCUUGUUGGUAAUGUAUGUGGUCAGUGGUCUCUGCUUAUUGCUCAACUUUGCUGAGCUCUUCCACCUUGGUCUUGGUGGCAUCAGGGAUGGCUUGAGGGGUAGGCGGCAGGCCUCUCACCUGUAUUACUCCUCCAGGAGCAACCACUAUGCCCCUCCAGGCUAUCACUCUGUGUUUCAAAAGGACAAGACCAAGCUGGGCAAUGGGAAUGUGCCGUACCACAACAACUUUGGCGCUCGGGGGCCAGAGAGUUUUGAGAUGUCUGAGGUAGUUCACCGACACCUAAAGCUUGCUCAGGAGCAACUGAACAUGGCAUACCAAGCAUCAGGAGAGCUCCCUCAUCAACCAAGAAGUGGCAUUCCUGUCUCAAAUUGUACGGCUGUUGAGCAGAACCGACUGAAACUUGGCCAGGAAGGUGAAAGCGCUUGUGCCAAAUAAGCAGGUCUGCAUGGAUGAUGCUGAUGGAACGGGCUCUUUGACUUUGACAUUCGGAGAAAGUCGUCACUUGAAGCAAUAAAGGAACCUCGACUGAAAAGACUCACAUUUCAUUCUUACUCUCUGGGCUUUAACAUCACCAACUCGCAAAAGCAAAACUACUGGAAAGAGCUGGGUUGUGAGGGGACACUGGAUUUAGGGCUGGGCGAGGGCGAGUUAGGUAUGUUUAGGCAAACUUGACAGUGUUGAGAAUUUUAAGUCCAAUAAUUGUUCAACUGACUGAAGGGUCUAAAACUUAUCUUGUAGCAUUUGAGGCACUGACAGCUAGUCUUCAUAAUUGAAAGGGAGACUGGGGAAGAAACUGAGGGGGUGGCCCUCUCAUUAAGCAGGUACAAUCUAACAGAACUCGCUCAGCCAGAUAAUUUGUAGUUUCUUUUCAUCAUUAAAUUGAUCAUUCAUUUUGUUUCUCUAGUUUUGGGUUAGUUUAAUUCUUAAUGAAAUCCUUACUUUUUUUGGUGUUGGGUUUAGAUAAAUACUUUUCCAAAAAAAAAACUCGGUGUAGCAAGGGGACAAUUAAUGACAAACUGUUUUGUUUAGUGUUAGAACAUAUCAGAAUCACAUUACGCUGAGUGAGAGCAAUAAUGAACUGAGUGACUUUUGUUGAUGUUCCUAUAUCUUGCUUUUGGUACUUUUGAUACACAGUAUUGCUUCAUUUGUGACCAUUUGAUUGGCUUGGGCUUAUCGAGCCUUCUCCAGCUUGUUGUUAUGCUUACCAGGUUGCUCUUGGGUGUGUGUGUUUCCUCUUUCAUCCUCAGUCGAUUUAAACAUUUAUUACUAUUUUUCGUGUUUAUGAGUUUGUAACUGGUGGGUUUUCUGUAUAUUUGUAGUAAAUAAUGAACUUGUACGUAUUUCUGUAGCCAUGUUGAUUUCCUUUAUAACAGUUUUGAAGCUUAGCUUUAGAAUUAAUGGGUAGCCUUAUAUAUUGACAGGGUUUUACAACCAAACAAAAUAAACAAGAUCCAGUCUAGAAGAUCAAGGAAGUUUUUUUUUAAAGCUUAAGGGAAAUACCCACAGAAUGAGAAUUCCGAGACUGUUGGCUUGCGCGCCAAGAUGGGAGUAGAGGUGACGUUUUGUCGUCAUGCUAGGUAACAUUAUCAGUGCAGCUUCCGAUGAAGCGUCUGUUAAGACCAGAUCAUAUAAGUACCAAGAGGAGUAAAACAUCAACACUUCAGCGGAGGCCGCACUGAUGAUGUUGACUAGCACGGUGAUGAAACUUUUGUACAAUAAUGAGCCAGCUCGGCAAGCAAGCCAACAACUUCAUCCACAACCCAAGCUACAAAUCUUUGCAAGAACCUUAAUGUGAAUUAUUUUUUAACCUGUUUUGGGUCAUCUUGUGAAAGCCUUCAAUAAAGAUGGCUGUUUAAAGAGUGUCCCUGAGAAGGUAAGGUUAUAGUACAACCAGAUUCCCUUAGAGUAAAGACUUAGAGAUAGUCCCAGAUCAAAAUGUUGGAAUAAACUUUUUAAGGAGUUACUUGAACCUGAGUACAUUUAAGCUCAGGUACACAGUAGCUCUAAGGAGAAAUCUAACAGCAGUUCCAGUCUAUAAAUUGAACUCACCAAGUAAUUAAAUUGCACUGAAGUGUUAGAUUUGGGAACUAUGGUGUGAGUACGAUAUGAGUAAUGGUUUUGGGUAUAAUACAAGUAUGUUUUUUGGUACUGUAAGAGUAGUGUGCUUUGGAUACUACUCAAAAACUAUUGUUUUUCUUUUCAAUCUAUAAAGGAGUGUUUUGGGAUUUAUGGGAUUAUACUUUUGCUAUUUGCUUAAAAGCCUUUGAAUUUGUAUUAUAUAUAGUUUACUUUAUUCAAUUUUAUCCACAUUUCUUUUGAUAAUGAACUUGUUGUAUUGUUAAAGUAAAAUCUGCAGUAUUGUGAGAUUAUGCUUCACAGAAUAGAACAUUUUGUUAAAACCAGAACAAAGCAAAAUAUGAUCUAUCAAGCCAGGGCAGAACUGUGGCCUCACAGCGCCAGGGACCCAGGUUUGAUUCUAGGCUUGGGUGCUGUCUGUGUGGAGUUUGCAUGGUUUCCCCGUGUCUCCAAGGAUUUCCACUGUGUCCUGCAAUUUCCUCCCACAAUCCAAAGAUGAAAAUUUUUGGUUUAUUCACUCGUGGGGGUUGCUGGUUCUGCCAACAUUUACUUCCCAUCCCUAUUUGUUCCUUGAGAAGAUGGUAGUGAGCUGCCAUCUUGAACUGCUGCAAUCAAUGAGCUGUACAGUAGACCUACAAAACCUUUAGUGACGAAAUUCGAGAAUUCUGACCCAGCAACACAGAAGAAAGGCUAUAUAUUUCCAAGGCAGGAUGGUGAAUGGUUUGAAUGAAUGGCAAAGAUCUUGCAGUGCAGCACCUGGCUGCUGGGAUUCUGACAUGACAAUAGUAACAAAACAGCUUUUGAAUUGUC